GGCAAAGAGGAGAAGAUGAAGAAAUCGGGGGUCACGCACGGGAACGUGCUAACUUUGCCGGUGAUUACGAGAGACCUACGGGACCUCAGAUGUUGCGAUGGCGAUGCCGUUACCCUUGAGUGUCAAGUACACGCCACGCCGGAGCCGCCUUUGGUGCGCUGGGAACGUGGAGGGAAGAUUCUGCAAAUGGGUGGCGAUUUCUCCUCGGAGUUCGAUGAAGAGACCGCGCGUUUAAUAAUCCAGCACGUCUACCCGGAGGACGAGGGCGAAUAUACCUGCGUCGCUUACAACGACCUCGGCAAAGCAUUCACGUCGGCGUGUCUAAUAGUAGAUGUGCCCGAGGGAAAGGAAAACGUUUUGAGUCAACGAUUGACAAGACCUCCAGGACUUCUGUCGGGUGGAUCGACGCCGAGAUCGACGCCGCGUUCGACGCCUAUUAGAAGCUUGUCUCCAACAGUUCCACAUGGACGGGAAUUGAGGUCUCCUCAGCUUCUUCCGCGAAGUAGGUCGACGUCGAGGAGAGCGAAGAUCAGUCCACCAAAGUUUUACGCGGUUCCGCAUAACCGGGUGGCCGAAGAAGGUGAAACUGUACGAUUUCAGUGCGCCGUAGCUGGCCACCCGACGCCUUGGGUGAAAUGGGAUAAAAAUGGCACGGUUGUCACGCCUACAGCCAGGAUCUCCGUAAAGGAAAGGGACGACGUGAAGAUACUGGAGAUCGUUGAAGUCACUCUGGAAGAUGCGGGUCUGUACAGAGUAAUCGUGGAAAAUGAUUACGGCCGCAUCGAAGCCAGCGCUCGUCUUGAAGUGAUAAGUACGUAAAUUUCCU